CUGUUUAUUUACAGAUUGUUCCUGAUCCAUCAAGUGCAGUAGUUGGAAGUAAUGUCACACUGAACUGUAUAUUUGAACAAAGUUAUGAUGCCAAGAACGAUGUGAUUUUGUGGGAGUUCAUGACUGAUUCAAAACGCAUCACUGUUUGGGGAUCUGUCCCAGGUACUGAUAAAUUAAAUGAGCAGGAUCAGCACUUCCAGGGUCGAACAGAAGUCGAGUUUAAGCAAGAAAAAGCCUCCCUCACUCUCCAGAAUAUCAGGCUGUCAGACAGUGGAGAGUAUCGCUGUCUUAUAUUCGGGAAUGAAGAAAGCUCUAAGUACUUAUCUUCGAAACUUGUUGCACUGUCUAUUUCAG